AUGUUCCUGCAGCAUGGACUCGAGGCGUCAUCCUCAAACUGGAUCACCAAUUUGCCGUCGUUGGCCAUGGGCUUCAUGGCUGCCGAUGCUGGCUUUGAUGUCUGGAUGGGCAACGUCCGUGGAGAUGAGUACUCGAUCGGACACAAGACCCUCGACCCCAAGUCGAAAGCUUUCUGGCGAUUCUCGUGGGACGAGAUGGUCAAGUACGAUCUGCCGACGAUGAUCAACCACGCGCUCAACACUACCGGACAAGACCACCUUUACUACGUCCGCCAAUUCCACGCCCUCGCCCCCGUCGGAACCGUCAAGCACAUCAAGGGACUGCUCGAGUUCAUCGCCAAGAACUUUGCCCCGGAGCUUGAUAUCUUUGAGAAAAUCUUCGGCGACGGCCCCUUCCUCCCCCAGGACGGUCUGAUGCGCCUGAUAGAAAAGCUCUUCUGCAGCAACGACCUCACCGAGAAGCUGCUGUGCGGAAAUCUGCUUUUCAUGAUCGGAGGACCCGAGAGUAACCAGAUGAACACGACCCGUCUCCCCGUGUACAUCUCCGAUAUGCCCGGCGGCACCUCCACGGAGAACAUUCUCCACUGGGUGCAGAUGGUGCACACCGGACUCCAGCAGAUGUACGACUGGGGCAGUGAGGCGGCGAAUAAGCAACACUAUGGACAGACCACACCCCCAAUCUAUGAUGUCUCCAAGAUUGCCGUCCCCACCUACCUUUACUGGUCCGACUCGGACUGGCUCGGAGACAAGCAGGACAUCCAGGAGCAUCUCCUGCCUAAUUAUAACCCCAAAUAUCUGAUCGAGAACAACUACUACAAGGAUUUCAACCACCUUGAUUUUAUCUGGGGCCAGCGGGCGGCUGCCGAGGUGUACACCCCGAUCAUUGAGAAGGCGUUGCGAGACGUCAAUCAAAUGAAGAACAAAUUG